AUGGCUGCUCCCGAACAGGGUCAGGAUGCCGCUCGCCUCGGCACUGAUGUCACCCCGAUCCAUUACGACUUGACGAUCCGCACCGACCUCAAGUCGCUCACUUUCACCGGCACCGCCGAGAUCCUCAUCGAGGUUCACAAGCCCGUCCAGUCGAUUGUCCUCCAUGCCGCCUCUCCUCUCGAGCUCGAGAGCGCCGUUCUCGGCUCUGCUCAGCUCAAGACCGAGUCUGUCAGGCCUGCCGAGCACAUUCGCGUCGAUGAGAAGAAGGAGAGGGCCGAGAUCAAGUUUGCGGGCGGUGAGAUCCAGAAGGGCGAGCACAAGAUUGGGUUGAGGUGGAAGGCCCAGCUCGACGACUCGAUGCUCGGUUACUACAAGUCUAGCUACCCGAAGAAGGAUGGCAAGGGCAAGGCGUUCUACGGUCUUACCCAGUUCGAGCCCUGCCAGGCUCGCCGCGCCUUCCCCUCGUUCGACGAGCCCGCCAUGAAGGCGACCUACACCAUCUCGAUGAUCUCCCGCGUUGGUACAAUCUCGCUCGCCAACACCGACGUCGAGUCGACCUCGCACCUCGGCGCCGGAGGCGCCUUCCCCCGCUCCGACCUCCUCAACGACAAGUUCUUCGAGGGCGAGACCGACAAGGAGGUUGUCGGAAAGACUGUCAAGACGGAGGGUCAGACGAAACCUGCUGUCGAGGCGCAGGACGAGGGAGACUUCAAGGAUGACUGGGAGAUCGUCAAGUUCACGAAGACUCCCAAGGUGUCGAGCUACCUCGUUGCGUGGGCAAACGGCCACUUCGAGCACAUCGAGUCGUCGUUCACCUCCCCUCUUUCUGGCCGCACCAUUCCUCUCCGCCUCUACGCUACCUGGGACCACAUCAAGCAGGGCCAGCUCGCGCUCGACACGACGGCCAAGAUCCUCCCCAUCUACGAGAAGAUCUUCGACAUCGAGUACCCGCUUCCCAAGCUCGACACGCUUGUCGCGAGCGACUUUGACGCAGGCGCGAUGGAGAACUGGGGCCUCAUCACGGGUCGCACCUCGCUCUACCUCUGGGACCCGAAGCAGUCUGGUCUUCAGGCGAAGAAGGGUAUCGUCUCGACCCAGUCUCACGAGGUCGCUCACCAGUGGUUUGGUAACGUCGUCACGAUGGAGUGGUGGGACAACCUCUGGCUCAACGAAUCGUUCGCGACUUUGAUGGGCGAGGUCAUCAUCCCCGACCGCAUCGAGCCGACCUGGAAGGUCCACUCGAACUUCAUCACCGACCAUCUCGCCCGCGCCCUCUCACUCGACGCCCUCCGCUCGUCGCACCCGAUUGAGAUGCCCUGCCCGAACGAGGAAACGAUCCAGCAGAUCUUUGACGCGUUGACCUACUCGAAGGGCGCGAGUUGCUUGAAGAUGCUGUCGAACUUCGUUGGAGAGGAGAAGUUCCUCAAGGGAGUUUCGAUCUACCUCAAGAAGCACCUCUACGGCAACGCUCGCACCGAGGACCUCAUGGCCGGCAUCUCGGAGGCUUCUGGCGUGGACGCCCUUACGCUCAUGAAGAACUGGCUCUCGAAGACCGGUUUCCCGCUCAUCAGCGUCGAGGAGACCGAGAAGGGCCUCAAAGUCAAGCAAAACAGGUUCCUCGCCACUGCGGAUGCGACGCCCGAGGAAGACGAGACGAUCUGGCAGGUUCCUCUCCAGAUCCUCGUCGUCGACUCCAAGACUGGCGAGAAAAAGGUUCACUCCGACGUCGUCCUCACUCAGCGCGAGCAGGAGAUCGAGCUGCCCAACGUCGCCAACACGACCUACAAGCUCAACGCCGAGACUUGCGGUGUCUAUCGCACCCUCUACCCCGUCUCGCGCCUCGCCAAGCUCGGUGACGAGGCUGGCAAGGCAUCUACCUCGGCUUUCUCGCUCAACGACCGCAUGGGUCUCGUCCAGGAUGCCGCCGUUCUCGCCAGUUCGGGUUACGCCAAGACCAGCGGCGCGCUCACGCUCAUCAAGGGCAUGAAGGGCGAGGAGGAGAAUCUCGUCUGGCAGGAGAUCAGCGGCGCGCUCGGCAACCUCUCGUCGACUUGGUGGGAGCAGCCGCAGGAGGUCCGCGACGCCAUCUCCAAGUUCCGCCGCGAACUCUUCAAGCCUGUCGCCGACCGCCUCGGCUUCGAGUACUCGGACUCCGACAGCGUCGACACGGUCGAGCUCCGCACGAUGGCCAUCUCCACGGCUGCUGUCACCGGCGACGAGGCGACACUUGCCGAGUACAAGCGUCGUUUCGGCCAGUUCAUCGAGAAGAACGACGACUCGCUCAUUCCCGGUGACCUCAAGACGAGCAUCUACACCCAAUGCGUCAGGUUCGGCGGCGAGAAGGAGUACGAGAAGGUCCUCGAGGUGUACCGCAACCCGCCCACGCCUGCGCACAGGAGCUCGGCGAUUGCUGCGCUUUGCUCGAGCGAGAAGGAUGAGCUCAUCCAGCGCUCAAUCGACUUCAUCCUCUCGGGCGAGGUCAAGAACCAGGACAUCGCCUCGUUCGUCGCUCACCUCGCUCGCAACCGCCUCGCCAAGCGCAAGGUCUGGGAGUGGUUCAAGGCGCACUACGACGAGAUCAUGGAGCGCUUCAAGGGCAACUUCUCGAUCGGCCGGAUCGUCCAGCUCACGUUCUCGAGUCUCUCGACCGAAGCGGAUGCCAAGGCAGUCGAGGAGUUCUUCAAGGACAAGCAGACCAGCGUGUACGACCAGUUCUUGAGCCAGGGUCUCGACUCGGUUCGUGCGAAGGCCAAGUGGUUGGAGCGCGACUCGAAGGACGUCGAGCAGUGGCUCAAGGAGAACCAGUACCUCGCAUGA